GAAUCCUUAUCAGAUCGGUCCGAUCAGCUCGGAGCUGAGCUUCUUUCUGCGCGUCUUCCGCUUCUUCCUCUUCCUUCACUUCCCCUUCUCACCACACCACACCACCACCGUCCAUACGCAAUCCUCAUAACUCAAUCAACCCCGCCCUCUAAGAUUACAACCCUCGUUCUCCAAACUCUACUACCACCUAACCAACCCAACCCCAACCCCAACCCUGGGCGCCGCCCAGGAACAACCAACAGUCCAUCAAAAUGGCCGACAUCCUCACCCAACUCCAAACCUGUCUCGACCAGCUACCUAACAACCUACCACGACAACAUCCCCGCACACCCGAUCAACACGCACCCACCACACCCACAAACCCCCACACAACACUCAGUCCACCCCCCAACUCAAAACCCAUCCGCUCGCCCCUCCCCCCCCUCUCCAAGAUCCCCAAGAAUUCGUCCACGCCGCCCGUUCCAGCUGGUCUACCGCAGGCCUCAUCUCAACCUGCGCAGGCUUCGCCGCCGCCACCGCCGCCACCGGCUGCUGGGGAAACACAAGCAGAUGGACAAGGAGCAGCAGCAGCAGCAGCAGGAACAGGGGGGGAUGGAAACGAGGGCCCCCCCGCACCAGACACACCCCGGACCUUCGCGGCCCGACAGCGCGAACUCGCCCGUGACCUGGUGAUCAAGGAGCAGCAGAUCGAGUACCUGGUUUCUGUGUUGCCCGGGAUCGGAUCCAGUGAGGAGCAGCAGGAGCGCAGGAUUAGGGAGUUGGAGGGGGAGCUGAGGGGGGUGGAGGCGGUUAGGGAGCAGAGGGUUAGGGAGUUGGCGGGGUUGAGGAGGAGGUUGGAGGCUGUUCUUGGGGGGGUGGAGAGGGGAUUUUUGGGGAUAGGGGUCUAG